UGGACCUGAAGCCUCUACGAAAAGCAAGCAGCCACGUCGAUGUCUAUUCCUUGCGGGUGCCUCUUAAAGAUAUCGUGUGCUACCUGUCCUUGCUUGAAGGAGGAAGACCAGAAGACAAGUUAGAAUUUACUUUUCGCCUGUAUGAUACAGAUGGAAAUGGUUACCUAGACAACAACGAGAUGGACUGCAUUAUCAACCAAAUGAUGACUGUAGCCGAAUACUUAGGAUGGGAUGUCACGGAACUAAAGCCGAUUCUGAAGGACAUGAUGGUGGAGAUCGAUUACGAUGCCGAUGGCACAGUGUCCUUAGAAGAAUGGAAAAGGGGUGGUUUAACCACCAUACCGCUUCUCGUUCUCUUAGGCCUGGACUCUAAUGUUAAAGAUGAUGGUAACCACGUAUGGAGACUAAAGCACUUUAACAGACCUGCUUACUGCAAUCUGUGCCUCAACAUGCUGGUUGGAUUGGGAAAAAAAGGCCUUUGUUGUAUCUUUUGCAAGUAUACUGUUCAUGAAAGGUGUGUCCAAAGAGCCCCAGCAUCCUGUAUAAGCACCUAUGUCAAGUCCAAAAAAACAUCCCAUACGUUAACUCACCACUGGACGGAAGGCAACUGUACAGGAAAAUGUAGCAAAUGCAAGAAACCUAUUAAAUCAUAUAACGGCAUCACUGGUCUUCACUGUCGCUGGUGCCACAUGACUCUUCAUAACCAUUGUGCCUCUCAGGUCAAACCCGAAUGUACACUCGGCGAACACAGGGAUCACAUCUUACCUCCCACAUGCAUCUGCCCAAUCGUUCUUGAGCGGCAACGCAGUGUGUCCGCCGGCCACAAAAAGAAUCUGAGCAGAACGGAUUCAAACUUGGUGGGAGAUAACAACCAGGGAGCUGUAAGUUUACCCGAAACCCCUGAAGGUUCUGCCAUGUCAUUCCAGAUCACAUCACUUCCCGGAACGCACCCGCUCCUAGUCCUCAUCAACCCGAAGAGCGGGGGAAGGCAGGGCUUGAGGAUAUUGAGAAAGUUCCAAUAUUUACUUAAUCCUAGACAAGUGUACAACUUAGCAAAAGGUGGACCCAUGGCUGGGUUACAGAUGUACAAAGACGUACCAAAUUUCAGGGUCUUGUGUUGCGGUGGCGAUGGGACCGUCGGUUGGGUGCUAGAUACAAUAGAUAAGAUGAAUUUCACGAAUCCUCCCCCAGUGGCUAUCUUGCCUCUUGGUACGGGCAAUGAUUUAGCCAGGUGUCUCGGCUGGGGUCCAGGAUACGAAAAUGAAAGUCUUCCUAAAAUUCUUAAGAAGUUAGAGAAGUCUAUGCCAAUGCCGAUGGAUCGGUGGAAAAUUGAAAUCAGUACCUCUAACAGCGACGAAAAGGGAGAUCCUAUACCCUGCACCAUUUUCAACAAUUAUUUCUCCAUCGGGGUGGAUGCCUCGAUAGCUAUCAAAUUUCAUUUGGAAAGAGAGAAGCAUCCUGAGAAGUUCAACAGCCGGAUGAAAAAUAAAAUGUGGUACUUCGAGUUUGCUACGUCGGAAACAUUUUUUGCCACUUGUAAAAAUCUGCACGAAGAUGUUGACAUAAUGUGUGACAACGUGUCCCUGGAACUGUCAAACGGUCCUUCCCUUCAAGGUAUCGCGGUGCUGAAUAUCCCCAGCAUAUACGGGGGUUCCAAUCUUUGGGGUGAUAGCGCACAGAAAAAGAGGACCAAAUCUCGGCGGAAAAAGGAUCGAGAAAAUUCAUCCAGUAGCUUUAAUUCGAUUGAUCUCAGUGCGGCUAUACAAGACAUCGGAGAUCGCAUGAUCGAAGUAAUUGGCCUGGAGAACUGCAUGCACGUAGGUCAAGUAAAAGCAGGACUCCGAGCCUCGGGACGCCGGCUGGCCCAGUGUUCCUCCGUUGUCAUCAGGACAAAAAAGCGAUUUCCAAUGCAAAUAGACGGUGAGCCUUGGAUACAGCCGCCUUGCACGAUCCACAUCAGCCAAAAAAACCAAAUGCCGAUGCUGAUGGCGCCACCUGCCACACGAAGAUCAAAGUUCCCUUUCUUUUUCUUCAAGAGAAAGAAGUAAAUGUGCCAACUGAUCGCAUCAUGUGGCCAAUGGCUCGGCUUUCAGCGUUCCAGAAGAAAAUGGACUCCUCACCACAUAACAUCCCUUUGUAUAAUCUUUAUGUGAAUCUCCAGUCAACACAGGAAUUUUGUUUCUCCUUUUACCAUAUUCAACUUAUCAUGGUCGAUGUGUUCUGUACAGCUAUUCGUAGAUAACUUAUUCAUUCGCUUCUUGUUCUCUGUACAUUAUUUGAUUGUCCCUCGUUUCCAAAGAUAUUCGAGGUACCCGAAUGUGAUGUAAAUUUUUAUCUGUGUCUCUAAAUAUUUUGCGUGUUAUAUUUUUA